AUGGCGGCCGAGGCAGCGGAGAGGCAUUUGGAGCUGCUGAGGGACGAGCGGGAGGCCGAGCUGGCACAGAGCAGGGCAUGGCAGGAGAGUGUCUCCUUGAAGGAAUUGCAGCGGAGAGGUGUCUGCUUGCUCAAGCUCCAGGUCAGCAGCCAGAGAACCGGCCUCUAUGGGCGUCUCCUCGUGACAUUCCAGCCCAGGAAGUGGGAUUUGGACACCGAGCUGCCCUCCAACAGCUUUGGACCUGGGGACAUCGUGGGGCUCUAUGAGUCAGCUGGGCAGGGGGACCUGCUGUGCACGGGUGUGGUGACACGAGCCACCCCCAAGGCAGUGACGGUGGCCCUGGAGGAGCCCCGGGAUGGGGAGCUGGCCCUGGACCAGGAGCGCUCCUUCCGCCUGCUCAAGCUGGCCAACGACGUCACCUACAACAGGCUCAAAAGAGCUUUAACUGCACUCAAGCAGUACCGUGGUGGCCCAGCCUCUGACCUGAUUGAUGUCCUCUUCUUUGCCUCUGCUCCCAGGGCUUUCCCUGAAACAAAGCCUCUGGAGUUCUUCAAUGCCUCCCUGGAUGAGUCUCAGAGGGAAGCUGUGUCCUUCUCCCUGGCUCAGAGGGAGCUGGCCAUCAUCCAUGGGCCUCCUGGCACAGGGAAAACCACGACCCUGGUGGAGAUCAUCCUGCAGGCUGUGCAGCAGGGCCUGAAGGUGCUGUGCUGUGCCCCGUCCAACGUGGCCGUGGAUAACCUGGUGGAGCGGCUGGCUGGCUGCAGGGCGCGGCUGCUGCGGCUGGGACACCCCGCCCGCCUGCUCCAGCCCAUCCAGCAGCACUGCCUGGACGCCGUGCUGGCCCGCGGGGACAGCGCCCACAUCGUGGCUGACAUCAGGAGGGACAUCGACCACGCCUGGGCAAAAACCAAAAAGGCCCAAGACAAGGGAGAGCGAAGCCAUUUUCUGGGUGAGAUUAAGACCCUGAGGAAGGAGCUGAAGGAGCGAGAAGAGGCUGCCAUGGCUGCAGCCCUCAGCCAGGCCAGCAUUGUCCUUGCCACCAACACAGGUGCUUCCUCAGAUGGCCCCCUGAAGCUGCUGCCUGAAACCCACUUUAACCUGGUGGUGAUUGAUGAGUGUGCCCAGGCUCUGGAAGCCAGCUGCUGGAUUCCUCUGCUGAAGGCUCCCAAGUGCAUCCUGGCUGGGGAUCACAAGCAGCUGCCCCCCACCAUCAUCUCCCACAGGGCAGCGGCCGAGGGGCUGUCCCUGAGCCUGAUGGAGCGAUUGGCAGAGCACUACGGGGAGCGGGCGGUGCGGAUGCUGACGGUGCAGUACCGCAUGCACCGGGACAUCAUGGAGUGGGCGUCCUCGGAGCUCUACGGCGGCCGGCUGAGCGCGCACCCCUCCGUGGAACAGCACCUGCUCAGGGACCUGCCAGGCGUCUCCUCCACGGAAGAGACCAGCACUCCCUUGUUGCUCAUAGACACUGCUGGCUGUGGCCUGUUUGAGCUGGAAGUGGAGGAUGAACAGUCCAAGGGCAAUCCAGGGGAGGUCCAGCUGGUGGGGAUGCACAUCCAGGCCUUGGUGGAUGCUGGUGUGAAGGCCAGAGACAUUGCUGUGGUGGCCCCCUACAACCUCCAGGUGGACAUGCUCCGACAGCACCUUUGCCACAGCCACCCUGAGCUAGAAAUUAAAUCAGUGGAUGGUUUCCAAGGAAGGGAGAAGGAGGCAGUGGUCCUGUCCUUUGUCAGAUCCAACAGAAAAGGUGAGGUGGGUUUCCUGGCCGAGGAGCGGCGGAUCAACGUGGCGGUGACGCGGGCGCGGCGCCAGGUGGCCGUGGUGUGUGACAGCCACACCGUGGGCAGCCGCCCCUUCCUGCGGCGCCUCCUGGACCACCUGUCCCAGCACGGCCUCCUGCGCUCCGCCUUCGAGUACCUGGAUGACCUCGUGCCCCAAAACUACCCCGGGGAGGGCAGGGCCCAGCACCAGCAGGGCCCCAAAGCACAGCCGGCUCCAGCUCGGAAGCUCAAGGCGGCGGUGGCAGCAGGAGCUGGGAGCCAGAAACCAGGAGCAGGGAGCCAUAAACCAGGAGCACAGAGCUCCCCAAGAGCUGCUGGAGCUGGGAGAGAUGGCUCAAAGUCAAAGGAGCAUGGGGACAGGUUCAGGGCCAUGCUGGUAGCUUUCCUGUCAAGCAGAGAGGCGCAGCUGGAUUUCCCAGCAUCCCUGAAUUCCCACGAGCGGAUGCUGGUUCACAUGCUGGCAGAGGAGUAUGGGCUGCAGCACCUGAGCUCUGGGGAGGGUCGGGACAGGUACAUCAGUGUCUGCAAGAGACUCCCCAAGCAGCCCCCGCUGCCCUCCGAGCCCCUUCCUGAGCCCCCACUGCCCUCCGAGCCCCUUCCUGAGCCCCCACUGCCCUCCGAGCCCCAGCAUCCCAGCGGGAAUACCACUGACCCUGCAAAGCCAGGGGAAAGCAGCCAGGGCUCAGGGAAAGUGGACCUGAAAUCUCUGCACCUGGAGAGAGUCCAGAGGGAGAAAGCCAGGCAGGAGGAGGUGGCGAGGAAGGUGCAGGAGCCCAGCCGUGGCAGCAGGAAAAAGGACAAGAGUGAAGCCAAAGGCUCAGGAAAACUGGCGGUCGGGAGCGUGGCCGGAGAGGAUUUCGAUGCUCUGAUCUCUGCUGCCAUCGAAGCUGACAGGACCUGUGGUUUCCCCCGCUGCAAGGCUUCUGUCACCACCCUGGGCCAGCUCUGCCACCACUGCCAGCGGCUCUUCUGCCUCAGCCACCACAUCCCUGAGGUCCAUGGCUGUGGGGAGAAGGCCAAGGCCCACGCACGGCAGCGGAUCAGCCGGGAAGGGAUCCUGUACCCAGGGAGUGGCUCCAAGGACAAAUCCCUGGAUCCUGCCAAGCGAGCCCACCUCCAGCGGCGCCUGGACAAGAAGCUCAGUGAGCUGACGAGCCAGAGGAAGGGCAAAAAGAAAGACAAGGAGAAAUGAGGGACCUGAAUCCUGCUUUUUCAACCUCAAAACUGCAGCUUGGCUCCCCUGCCCCCACCCAGGGCAAAGCUGCAGUGCCAGGCCUGGGUGGAAUAAGGGGGCUCCAUUUUGGGGGGAAAUCCUGGAGCUGGGAGCUUUCCUGAGCUGCAGGGCUGAGGCAGGGGAGGGAGAGCUGCUGUAUUAUCCUGGUUAUCCCUAUGGACAUGGUUGAUGGAUGCACUCAGGGGCCAGAGCAUGCUGGUGAAAUGGGCAUUAAACACCCAAAGCUGUCACUGUCACA